AUGUUGGUAUCGUCAGUGCGGUACAUCCUGACCUGCCCCCGCAGUGCGGGCAGUGCGUGAUGAUUGGAGCGUCAUGAUCACGUGAUUACACAACCACGUGACGCGGGCCGGCAACACCCGCGGGCACCUCUCUGAUGACGUCACGCUGCGGGGGCAGACCGGAUGUGGGGGGGUUACUUCCGGGUUCGCCUAGAUCCCGCCCCGGAAGUCAUCAACCAGCCAAUGAGAAACGGCUCCUAACGGAUGUCAGCCACCGGAAGUAGCCCUGAGAUCAUGUCGGCAGCCAAUCAGCACAAACCCGGAAGUCGUGUGGCCAGCCAAUCAGACUGCGCGGCUCGCAAUAAGCCCCACCCACCUUUUGCCCGGAAGUCGUGUAGCCAGCCAAUCAGAAACGAGCGAGGGAGCCUUGAAAGUGGGCGGAUCCCAGCUCGGCGUUAACCAAUGAGAGGCCGCAGAGCGUUGGGUUUCAGCCAAUGGGAGCGAGGGAGGAGGAUUUGAAGCGGAGCCGCGGAGCUGAACGGGUCGGAGCGGCGGGAUGUCCUACAAAGAGAACAUCAACCCUACAUUGUACGCCCUAAAGGGCGGAGCCCCCCAUAGGGUUCCCUGUAAGGACCCCCCCCCACCCAGCACAGGGACCCCCUCGGAUGCUCUGCUGCUACAAAGGGCUGCGGGACGGGUGCCCCCCCCCAAAGCAAUGCCUGUCCCCUAUGGGGUCUUGUUCAUGCCCCAUAGACCUUAUUAUGGAUGUGACCCUAUAGGAAGACGUUCAGCAUCGAGGACUUUGAGGAAGACGUUCAGCAUCGAGGACUUCGAGGUGGGGCGGCCUUUGGGGAAGGGGAAGUUUGGGAACGUUUACCUGGCCAGGGAGAGGACGUCGCGUUUCGUGGUGGCCCUAAAAGUGCUUUUCAAAUCCCAAAUCGAGAAGGAGGGGGUGGAGCAUCAGCUGAGGAGGGAGAUCGAGAUCCAGGCGCAUCUACGUCACCCCAACGUUCUCCGUCUGUACAACUACUUCCACGACCGCAAACGAGUUUAUCUCAUCCUGGAGUACGCGCCAAGGGGGGAGCUCUACAAGGAGCUGCAGCGCUGCCGGCGCCUGGACGAGCCCCGCAGCGCCACGCUGAUGGAGGAGCUGGCGGACGCGCUGCUGUACUGUCACGCCAAGAAGGUGAUUCACCGCGACAUCAAACCCGAGAACCUGCUGCUGGGCCUCAAGGGGGAGCUCAAGAUCGCGGACUUCGGCUGGUCCGUGCAUGCACCCUCACUCAGGUAAUGGGGGCAGAGGACCCCAUAGGGCCCCAUGGGGUCCCAUAGGGUCCCAUAAGAUCCCAUAUAUGGGACAUGACCCCAUAUAUGGGACAUGACCCCAUCCAUGCCACCAACCCCAUGUUAUGACCCUUAUGGGGGUCCUGGCCCUUUAAGAUGGGGGGGAAGGCUGACCAGAGACCCCAUAGGACCCCAUAGGGCCCCAUAGGGUCCCAUAAGAUCCCAUAUAUGGGACAUGACCCCCUAUAUGGGACAUGGCCCCUCACUCAGGUAGUGGGGGCAGAGGACCCCAUAGGACCCCAUAGGGUCCCAUAUAUAGGACAUGCCCCCUCCCUCAGGUAAUGGGGGGGCUGACCAUGGACCCCAUAAGACCCCAUAUAUGGGACCCCCAAACCCAUAUUGGACCCCACUGAGUCCUCCCCAUCCAACACAGGCCUCAAUAAGGGGAUAUGGGGGGGGGUCUCCCAAAUACCCCCAUGUUUCUUAACCCCCCCCCCC